AUGGAUGAAAAUUAUGAUGUAAUUGUUUUAGGUACCGGCUUAACAGAAUGUAUCUUGUCAGGGCUUUUAUCUGUUGAAGGCAAGAAAGUUCUACAUAUCGACCGUCAAGAUUUCUAUGGAGGAGAAUCAGCAUCGUUAAAUUUGUCUCAAUUGUAUUCUAAAUUCAAGCCAUCUUCUCAGAAACCAGAGUUCUUGAAGGGGAGAGACAGAGAUUGGUGUGUCGACUUGAUUCCCAAAUUCUUGAUGUCGAAUGGAGAAUUGACGAACAUUUUAGUUCAUACUGAAGUUACUAGAUAUAUUGAAUUUAAACAGAUUGGAGGUAGUUAUGUUUACAGAAAUGGAAGAAUAUCGAAGGUCCCGUCUAAUGAAGUGGAAGCAAUCAAAUCUUCUCUCAUGGGUAUCUUUGAGAAGAGGAGAAUGAAAAGGUUUUUGGAAUUUAUUGCUAAGUAUGAUGAAGAUGUUUCAUCAACCCAUCAAGGUUUGAACCUUGAUUCUAAUACGAUGAAUGAUGUUUACACUCACUUUGGAUUGGAAAAUGGGACGAAAGACUUCAUUGGCCAUGCCAUGGCAUUGUGGCCGAAUGAUGACUACUUAAACGAACCAGCGCGUCCCACCUACGAAAGGAUCAAAUUGUACGCUGAAUCAGUUGCCAAAUAUGGAAAGUCUCCUUACAUUUAUCCAUUGUAUGGAUUGGGUGAAUUGCCUCAAGGUUUUGCAAGGUUGUCAGCUAUUUAUGGAGGAACUUACAUGUUAGACACUCCAAUUGAUGAAGUUUUGUACGAUGGUGAUCACUUCGCCGGUGUUAAGACAAAAGAGGGCACAGCUAAAGCUCCAAUCGUGAUCGCAGAUCCUACAUACUUUCCAGAUAAGGUCAAAAAGACAGGUCAAAAAGUCAUUAGGGCCAUGUGCAUAUUGGAUCACCCAAUUCCCAACACAAACGAUAUAGACUCUGUUCAAAUUAUUAUUCCACAAAACCAAGUAGGAAGAAAGAACGAUAUUUACAUUGCAGUGCUCUCUGAUGUACAUUGCGUUGUUCCAAAAGGCUACUUCUUAGCAAUUGUCUCUACAAUUAUUGAGACUGAGACACCUCAUAUAGAGCUUGAACUGGCCUUUAAAUUAUUAGGUCCUAGAUUAGACACUUUGAUGGCUAUUGCCGAAUUGUAUGAGCCAAAGAAUGACGGUACAGAAAACGGCAUCUUUCUUAGCAAGAGUUAUGACGCUUCGUCUCAUUUCGAAACCACUACUGAUGAUGUCAACGACUUAUACUUUAGAAUUACUGGAAAACCUUUAGUUUUAAAGAAUAGAACUGCUGACGAAGAGGAGGAGGCUUUAAACGGUCUUUAA